UGGAUGCCAGAGGCGGGGCCCAAGGGAUAGCAUAUGUGGCAUUGGGCACAGGCCGCUUUGCCUAGCCCCUCUGGAGAGUAGGUGGGGCGUACCCAGUCUCCUUCAAUCCAGAACCCAUGGGUGAAGCAGAUCCAGGGCCCAGGCAGGGACGACUCAGGUGUGGGAGAGCCGCUGGGCCAGCGCCACAGGAUGGCAGAAAGGUCAUCCCAGAAGAGCUGUGAGUCUGAGCUCUGGGUCUCGGUCUCCCAGAGCCUCCCGGAGGAGGACAGCCCAGAGCCCCUGUCCCAGCACCUCCAGGCCAGCACUUCCAGAGGCAGUGAGCGUCUCAGCAGCCUAGAUCUCCCCCAUGGCUCCCUGGUGGCCUCGGAGUACCUGCCUUUCUUCCGCACCUAUGGGAAGCUCCUGACUGUGGAGGAGCCAGCCCCGCUGCCCGAGGUUUGCAGGGACCAGAACAUCAGAGAGGCGCCAUUCCCUGAGGACCCAGAACCGCCCAGCGGCUUCCUCCCUUACUACCGCUCCAAGGAGGAGAGUUUUCCGAGCCUGGUCCUUCCUGAUAGGUUGUAUGGGGGCUCCCGACACCCGCACAGCAGGAAGGAGGUCCUGACUGGCUGCUUUUGCAGGAUGACCAUCAGCUGCGGGUGCUCUGUUGUCUCGGCAAGCCCAGGCGUCCUCCCCGGGUCCUCCUCUACACCACCCUGCUGUCCCAUCCUGCUGGUCUCUGCAGGUCACUCUCAUGACAGCAGCCUGACUGUCCCUCUCUCCAGUGAUGCUGCCUUCAGGGGCCCCGGCCUUUGUGCCUCGGGAUUCGUGCCAUACUACAGAACCCCUGAGGAGAAGCUGCAUACCAGCCCUGGGCCUCCUUCCUCUCUGUCAGGGAGCCGGGAGCCCGCAGGGGAGCUGCCCAGGCCUGGUGCUGCCACAGUGUGAGGGAGCAGGAGCCCCCGAAGAAUGGGCCCCUGUACCUGCUCAGCAAGGGGUGAAGGUGGCUGGGGGUGAGGCUCCCCGAACUGGCCUGGGACCUCCUGCCUCAGUGCCUGGGACCCGCAGAGAGGUCAGGAGGAGCCCAAAGGCAGGCAGGCCCUACUAUCCCCCUCAGUCUACUUGGGGGGGGGGGCAAACAAGGGGACCCCGUGCCCUGCCAGUGUGUAGCUCUACACCACUGUCCUACUCAGCAGGUCUGGGAGCUGCCUUCUCUCCAAGGAAUUGAGAGGCUCAAUCUGUGCCCC